AUUUAACACAUCACUAACUGAAAACAAUAACAAAGGGCUAACGACGUAUUAUUAAUUUUUCCUAACGCUACAAUGUCUUGGUUUAAUCUUUGGGAUGGAUUGAAAACAAAGACCUGUAGAUACCUAUUACAGAGGUAUCUGGGUCAGUUUUUUGAAAAUAAUUUAAACUUAGAACAAUUAAAAAUUGAUCUGUACAAUGGAGAAGCUGUUGUUGAAAAUAUAUCACUAAAGGUUAAGGCCCUUAAUGAUUUAUUUGAAGAUCAAGGUUGGGCUUUUGAAGUCAUAUCUGGGCAUAUUGGAUGUCUAACGGCAAUGGUACCUUGGAAUGCUCUUAUGACAAAUGAUAGUUCUCUUAAUGUUUCAAAUUUGACAAUAACUUUAAGACCAGUUACACGCUGUCAAAAUGGAACGACUAUGUUGGAAUCUAUGUGGUCGUCCGUGAGUAGUUCUAUGCAAAUGGCGGAGGAAUGUAUGAAGCAAAUUGAUGAUGAUAUACCAUUUUUAAACCACAACAAUACAUUGAUUGGACUGGAAAAAUUCGCUGAAACGAUUGACAAUGUUCUUAAUAGAAUACAUGCAAACUUAACUAACACAACGAUUAAUAUCGAAUAUGUGCUGCCAAAAUCAUCUAAGAAGCUGAUUAUAUCAAUCAAAGCAAAUCAUAUUGAAUAUAAAAACCAAACUGGAUAUGAAAAAUAUUUUUCUUCAGACGGAGAAUUAAUUGAAAACGGCAUUACAGAUAAGUCUCUCAAUAUGAAAGCGUUGCCAAUGAUAGCUAAACACAAUCUGGUAACUUCUGAUUUAACGAUUCAUACUUCAGAAAUAUCAAAUACUGAAACUAAUAUAGCGGAGUUGCUAUCUCUUGGACGGCUUUGUAAGAUUGUUGAAUUUAAGGGAUGUCAAAAUUUUAAAAUAAGUGUUAAGCAAACCGAAAAAAUUAUUGGUCCAAAAAUUAACUUGGAAGUUACAAUAGACGAUAUUUAUUUCAUGUUGACCCCACGACAAACACAUAUGUUGAUUCGGAUAUUCAAAGGGUUUGAUAAAGUACGCCCAAAUGAUAAGUUGAUGCAGAACUAUUCCGAGUUAAAACCUGAAAUACAUAAAACUCAUUUCUCUAAAAAAAUGUCUGGAAUUGUUGAACAAGAUAAAGAAUGGUGUGCUGAAGACGAAGGCUAUAAAAAAUUAGACUAUUUUACUGAUAACAAAAAGUCAAAAAAAUGCGAAUCUUUAAUCUCUUCGACGUCUACAAACAGCAUAACAACAUCAUAUAGCAAUGCUCAAAUAAAUGAGGGAUCUGAUGAAAAAUCUGGUGAAAUUUUAAAGUUUAAAUUGCAAAUAUAUAAAAUUGUAGGUGUCAUUUUGCAUAGCGAUAUUCUAUUUGAAAACGCGUAUAGUAAUAUUGGGUCUAGCUGUAUAUAUACCACUCAAAGUUUCACAAACUAUUUCGAAACUGCUAGUCAUUUUUUUCAAACGGCAUUUAUUGAAAGAGCUGACGAAAAAUGUUAUAUUCCAAUACAAAACAAAAAUUAUCUAUUACUAAUGGUCUCAUCAUUAUUAGUAAGCGGAGAUCAGAAAAGAUUAUGUAAUGAAUUAAUUUUAAAAACAACAUUAUCAGCAACAAUGUGUGACAUCUGUGAAAUUCUCGAUAACAAAAUCAAUCAUUUAAUUAUGUUCGACCGAAAAAAAAACUGCCAAGACGGAUAUCACACUCGACCCGAAAUUAUUCUGUCACAUAUAUCCUCGUGUCUUUUCAAGCAAAACCAUAAUAUUACCAGCAACAAAAUUGAAUUAACCUUAGACGACUGUUCUGCUGAGCUUGAUAUUUCAAUUUACGAUAGAUUAAGUUCGUUAUUAGCAGCAUCUCCAUUUAUACAGGAGGAGAAUGAGGAUGAAAACAUUUCAAAACCUGUUAUUACAAUGGAUAUGAAUAUUAGAUGUAAAUCCAUAAAAUGUUAUUUAAGGUUCCCGGUAAACGGCGGCUUAUCAAAAAACAGAGAUAGAGUUGAAAGUUUAAAAAAAAAUAUAAGGAAGGACUAUCUCUUAUUUAAUUUAUUGAAUAUAUUAAUUGAGUGGAAAUCAUAUUUCUGUAUAUUUGUUGAUCAAAUCGAUGGAUAUUACUGUAAUGAUACGUUUGAGACCGAAAUCAAAAUAUUGCAAUGUUCGUACUAUAGUAAAUUGGAUUGUCUAACUGAGGUCGAUAAAAUUUGCUUUAAAAUCCACAUCAACAAUGAUGCACCGAUAAGUUCUAUUGAAAACUGUCCAAUACAAAAACGUAGAUCGCCUUUCAGUUCUAAGUGCUCAUAUGGCUAUUCAACACAUAUUGAAGGAUUUCAUGAUAAUUCAGAUAAAAGCGAUUUUUUUCUGCCAGGGGAUACUGAUGAAAUUGUCGACUUCUGUGAAAGCUGUAAGCAAUUAUCCAACAUUAAAAUUUUGGCUUCAAUUCCGGUUAUUAAAAUUGUAAUAGAAUCCAAAGAAAUUUAUGAAAUUAUUUAUAACCGUCUAAAUAGCGACUUAUUAAUGUGGGAGCCACACUCUUCAAUAAUAAAUCAUGAAAAACCCGUUAGCAGCUUUGAACUAUCUGUUAAGCAGGGUGCAAUAGUAGUCUACACCAAUGCUCAGGAAGUUGAAGCGAUAAGACAUGUAUCUCAACGCGGAAAACUCCAGGUUAAAUUCAAAGAUUUUCGGCUAUUUUCGGCAGCUGCUCUUAACAAUGAAAAAAAUAUAAGCUAUUUUUGUAUUCAAAUUAAAGAAAUUGACGUUCAUCACUCUGGACAAGUUUUUCAAGAAGUGAAUGCUGCAUGGACCGAUGAAAUCGACAACAACUUAACGCGAAUAAUUUGCAAUAUUUCCGAAGAAAAGAGAGUAACAAAUAACCGUCACGAAAUUAUCUCAGUUGUGGCUGAAAUUAAAAAGAAACCAGAAAAACGUUUAAAGAGAAUGAAGCUUGCGUUUGGAUUAAAUGGAGCUAGUUUGUGGCAUAAACCAGCACCCUCAGUAAAUCACUGGCUAUAUCAAUUAAUAGAUUUUCUUAAUAUAACUGACUAUCCUAUUGAAUCGUAUGAGCCCUAUGCGCUUGUUUCGGAAAUUCAAGGACAUAUUUGGAAUUUGGCCAUAGAAUAUAGGCCAAAAUAUUUACCUUACCGAGCUUUAUUGGAUAUUGGAUAUUGUUCAUUUAGCAGCAAUAUUAUUUAUCCCAUGACCGGCUGUACUUUACGACUGAUUAGUGAAGAUUGCAUACUCUCAAUCGGCCAAAAAGAUAAGGCUGUAAACGAUGUUCAGGAAUUUAUUACAAGAAUUAACAAAUCGGGCUUAGUACCAGUUUUAAAUGUUGGACUAUUAAAUUUUUCUAUACACCUUAAUGAGCACAAUAAGUCAUACCCAAGCAUUGAUUUGAGAUCAUCAAUACAUGAUAUUCAUUUAAAAACCUGUUAUGACGGAGCAGAGGUCUUAGCACAACUUAUAUCAUAUAUUGCUAAUGAUAAAGACUUUAAAACAAGUAUGAAUAACGCAAAUAGCUUUAACAAAACGGAUAUAACACCAGUUAGAAAUGCUGACCAUACUAAUGAUAAAACGGUAAAUCAAAUAAAUACACUUAUGGCAGAUGCAGUUAAGGAUGUGAAAACUCUUUCCGUGCCUCAACCUUUUGAUGAAAUCCUCAAAGUCGAAAAUGAGAGUCUACAAAGUAAACCAAUAUUAAGCAACAACCGGUUUGACUUUGAUCAAAUUUUUGAUAUGAGAUCACAAGAUUUUUAUAAAUACGACACAACCGAAAACUCCUUUAUCAAUACCGAUCUUGGAGCUAUUUCAUUAAAUGUUGCGCCGACUUUAGAAGAAAAAGAGUUCCACAUAAUACACGACGAAGACAUUUUGUUUAUGGAUAAUUUUGGUGUCGACCAGAUAUACGUUUCCGAUGGUCCUCUGCAAAUAGUUGACAAUCAUUUUAGUUUACCCAGUGAAAAAAAUGAUAUUCUAAGCCCUCCUCCUAAUUUUCCAAUUCCUGAGCACAGUUAUACAUUAUGUGAAAUGACAUUUACAUGGCAUCUGUACGGAGGAAAAGAUUUUCCUGAUAUUACAAAAUCAAACCCGAAAGAUAAUACCAGUUUCACAGCGGGAAUGUCUGAAACAUAUGAGUAUGGAGUAUCACAAGCUCCAAGCAAGCAUCAAGCAAAUACAAAAAAUAUGGUAUAUAAUGAUAUGAAUACAUGUCGUAAUUUAGAUGUUCUUGUUGAAAUACAAUUUACAAAAAUUCGUUUCUCUUAUGAUGCAUACCCCAAACAUUCAAUUUAUUCAUCUCGACAAGUACUAGUUAUUUCGGAUAUUGAGAUACGUGAUCGUUUACUUUCUUCGGACAUCAACAAGCUUCUUUACCAUCCCCAUAAAAGUAACGCAUCACAAAAAAAUGAUGAAAAUAUGAUUAUGAUAAAAGCACUGAAUGCUCGAUCCAAUUUAAAGAAACACCGAGGAGAAGAGUGUUCAUUGAAAGUCUCAAUUUUACCUAUCAGACUUAAUAUUGACCAAGACACUCUAUUGUUUCUGGAAGAAUUUUUUUCAGCUUUAGUUAAAAGUUCUGAAAAUUCAACAUCUUUAAAUAACUUAAAACGUAAUACUGUGGCCAUAUAUGAAACCUCAAAUAGCAUUCCUGAUUUAAAACGUAAUGAUGAAACAGAUACUGAUAUAAUGAAUGCAAUAAUAGAUCCAGAAACUUCUAUUGAAGAUGAAGAUAAUCCCAUUUAUUUUAAGGAGUUUAUAUUCAGUCCAGCUUUACCAAUCUGCUUUGACUAUCAUGGUCGGAGAGUUGAAUUAUCUCAUGGUCCAAUAACUGGAUUAAUAAUGGGACUCGCACAGCUACAGGGAUCUGGAAUAUGUCUACGUGAAGUUAUUAAUCGAAGAGGGAUUCUUGGUUGGAAUAAACUUUUUGAAUUUGUAAGUAGGGAGUGGCUAAAAGACAUAAAAAGAAAUCAACUACCAAACAUAUUGAGUGGAAUCGGGCCUACAAAUGCUGUUUUGCAAUUAUUUCAAGGUUUUUUCGACUUGUUCAGACUACCUUUACAGCAAUAUAACAAGGACGGAAGAUUCAUUCGUGGCUUUCAACUGGGCGCACAAAGCUUUAGUGCCCGAACUGCAUUUGCUGCACUUGAGAUAACAACAAGGUUAAUUCAGCUACUUCAGCUUACGGCAGAAACCACAUUUGACAUGUUGUCUUCUGGACCAUCAUUAAAAAGAAAAAGAAAAUCUAAGCAUGAUAGGAAACGACACUUCCGCCCAAAGGAUUUACGGGAAGGUGUUGCAAAUGCGUACUCAAUCGUAAAAGAGGGAAUAAAUGAAUCUGCGACUACACUUCUGGAAGCAGCCAUUGAGGAGCAUGAUCAAAAAGGAUAUAGUGGAGCAGUUGGUGCUGUAGUUAGACAAUUGCCUCAAUUAGUGUUGUGUCCGGCAGUACUAGCAACUCAAGCAACAACAAACAUUUUGGGAGGAGCUAAAAGUUCUCUUGUCCCGGAAGCUAAACGUGAAGCUAAGGACAAAUGGAAGCAGACAAAAAAUUAAAAUAUAUAAAAUACGCUAUAUCUCUUUACAAGCGAAUUUUUGUCGAUUAAGCUAACGAACGGACAACUUGAAAAUACCAGCAAUGGCUGAUAUGGUUAAUAAAGACAUACAUUCUGUCAAAUAAGUACCCGGAAAUUUCAAAUAAAACACAAACAACUUA